AUGAGUUCUGUGAAGCCAUAUAUUGGCUGCAAAAUAGGGCUACUUUCAAGAGCCCAAAAUCGUUACGAGGGGAUUUUGUACACAAUUGACAAAGUCAACUCCACAGUUGUUCUGGCAAAAGUCAAAUGUUUUGGAACGGAAGGACGACCUACCGAUAGACCCACACCUCCCAAAGAUGAUAUUCACGAGUAUAUCACGUUCCGGGGAAGUGAUAUCCGAGACAUCACUUUGUGUGAAGCUCCAAAGCACCAUGGUCUACCUGCAGAUCCAGCAAUAGUACAGUCAUCAAGUGUAGGUCCUUCAAGUGCCUACCCACCUUUUAGUCCAAUGCAGAUGCCUCCCUACAGCCAGCUUGCUGCCAGUUCGCUUCUUACUCAUCAGUAUGCUGCAGCUCUUGGCCUUGGGUCCAUCCUUCCAGGUUUGCAUGUUCGAAAAGGCUUCAUGGUGGAAAAGGCAGUUCAAAUUCUGAGUGCAGAAGAGUUUAGAGAGUUGAGUGUUACUGCACCUCAGGAGCAAGAUCAGCAGUGGGAGAAGAGAAGGCCUUUACGAGUGAGAAGAGAAACCAGAAGGGGCACUGGGUCCAGCAUGAGGUCAGUCCCGGUUGUUUCCAAUUCACAAGAAUCCUCUCAGCAGCAAAAUGGCAAUGGGCCUCCUACCAGACGGCAAGGUGCCCGAAGACGCAGGAACCGUAAUAGGGGCCCGCUGAUGGUAGCAAAGGGUCCCUCAGCCACUCUCAAAUUUGACACGGAUUUUGAUUUUGACUACUCAAAUGCACAGUUUAAUAAGGAGUUGGAGCGGGAGAUACAGGAUAGGUUGAAUAUGAAAGAUGGAAAUACAGACAUAAAACAAAGCAAUGAAGCGCAUCUGAAUCCAGAAGAUCAUUUUGGACCAAAAUGCUACUAUGACAAAGCAAAAUCCUUCUUCGAUAAUAUAUCUUCUGAUAAUAAACUUAGAUUAACCUGGGCAGAGGAACGCAAGCGCAAUCUGGAGACAUUUGGGGUGCCUGGAUGGUUUCGCAGGGGGCAAGGUAGCAGAGGGGGCUAUGUCGGGAGAAGGGGACGAGGCCCAACUCGUCGAAUUCCUUAA